GUGCCGCCCCAGAGUGGAAGCGCGGCUUUCCGGGUCCGGCCGUCGCGCAGCCUAAUGAAUGCCAGGCGCUGUGCGUUCGGUGCCCGCGGCUCCGGUGCCCGCGCCGGUUCUCGCGGCAGCCACUGUUGUCCACCUCACUCGGCAGGGGGGAAACGGAGUCCCCGGAGGCAGUUGCUCGCCGGAGUCACCCAGAUGCGCCAGAGGCUGCUCGUUUCGGACGCCCCCUCGCUCCUGCCGGGACCCGGCCCCGGGCCUGUGGGUCCAAGGGCCGCCGGAGCUGCGGCAAGAACUUGGCCGACCUUGGCCUUGUCGGGUCGGGCUGUUGCGGGGGAGGGGAGGCGUGUCCCGGGCGAGGUCCCUGGGGUCGCGCAGAGUGUCGGCGCGGCGGAGACCGGGGAUGAUGGGACCAGGCCCCGCUCGGGAGGCGCUGCGGCUCCUGCGGGAGGCCGUGUGUAAACACUGGGACGGCAGCCUCGGAAGGGGCUGUGGGGGCGCAGAAGUGGUCGGAGCCGGCCAGCGCGGCCAGCGCGGCCAGCAAGCUGGGGGGUCUUCUAGCCGGGCACUUGGGGUGGGGUGGAGGGUUGAACUCGGCGUUCUCGUCCGUUUCUCGAUUGGACAAAUGAAAUGCUCAAGUGCCUACCGUGUAUGGAGCAGGCGCUGUGCCCUGCUGGGAAGUCGUCGCCCUUGGGGCAAACUUCACGGCACACCGUUACCUAGAUACUGCUGAAGGACCCCAAAGGAAACGCAGGGUGCCUCGGGGUGACUGUCAGGGAAGGGGAGGCGAUGCUUGAGCUGAGCUCCAAGAAUGAUUAAGGAUGAACUUGGUGAAGAGGGUGUUGGUGUUUGAAGCAGAGGGAAUAGUGUAGACAAGACCAUCGAAGGGCUGAAGGGCCAGUGUGGUUGGAGGGCAAGGGGAAAGCAGGUGUGGCUAUGAAGUGUGCGGGGGCCAGAGUGGACAGGCCCUGGAGGAUGAAUGCGGUGAGUGGGUAGACAGGACAGAGAAGGGUGAAGAUGAGGUUGGGCCUGACUGCCGAGGCCCUGCAAGCCAUGCUGAGGAGUCUAGAUGUUAUCCUCUUGGCUCUAGCAAGCACAGUGGGUUUUAAGCAUGACAGGAACAUGAUUAGCCAGGAGUUCUAGAAAGAUGCCUCUGGCUGUUAUGUGAGGGUUAGGUCCAACUGAGUUUGGAGGUGAGUUUGGAGAAGUGGCUGCAUGACUAAAGUGAGAAACACAGGGAAGCACUGUUGUGUGGAACUUGUGGCAGGCACUGACUUUCAGCCCAGAGCCUGGAAUACGGAUGACUUUGAUAAAAGGCUUGCACUUAGCUGAGAAAGAUGAAGCCCAUGUAGGAGGCAGCAGGAUCUGGACCAGACUUAGAUGCUGAGUACUGAGUGACCUUAGACCAGUACUUUUCUCUCUCCAGCUUCCUUGCCCCCUGUAUCAUAAAGUGAAUGAUACCUCCUCUCCUAGAGGUGGAAGAGAGACCCUCCUGGGGAGGUUUCCAGAAGGAGCUGCUUUGGUCAGUCCAGCCCCAUCCCCUCUUCUGUUGCUGCCCUUGGCUCCCCGGUGACUUCUCACCAAGGGCAUUCCCAGUCCUCAUGACUUGACAUCCCACCCCCUCACCCACCUUUGUGGCCUUGUCAUACUCUCCUCUUUACAUAUUUCUCACCUUCCUGGCCUAGACCUGUGCUGUUGUGGUUUUCCUUCCCUUCUUACCCCCUCUGAACUCACCAUGGGGCCUUGGGGCCAGGGGACUGAACUCACCUGGCCACCUGCCUGGUGUGCCUUUCUUAAGCAAUGAUAUUCAGCCUCUGCUAGAAUUACUGUAUUCAGGUUCUAUCUGUCUUCUAGAUUGUGAGUUCCUUAAGAGCAUGGCUGUGUCUUACUCCUUCCAUAGCCCCUACAGUACCCAGCACAGGGCCUGGCACAGAGUGAGUAUUGUUAAUGUUUGAUGAACAAGGCACUGAAUGAGCUCAUUGACUGCAUCUGCUCACCAGGCAAGAACAGCUGUGAGCAACCCAGUCCGUAGGGACUCCAUGCAUCUGUGUCUUGUUUUAACGGUUCAUUAAGCACUUUAAAAUCCCCUGUUUCACUGAUUGACCCUCCUGUCACCUUUUUACAGAUGGAGAAACCAACAUUCAGAAAGGUUAAGUGACUUGCCUAAUGCUACUAACCCAAGAUAAAAACUUGGGCACUUUUCCCUGUAGCCCAAGGGACUGAGUUUGGUGGCUACUGCUGGCUACCUGUCCGUCCCCCUGUCCGUCCCGCAAUUCCCCCACCCCCACCCCGCCGUCCUGUGUUUUCCCUCUUCCCCUUGUGACAGCUCAGCAGCGCUAGACUGGGUGGCACAUGCUGGGCUUUUACUUCUCAUCUUAAGAAAUGAAUGUUGGACUUGGAUGGUACCUACAUUCCGGCUUUCCCAUGAGCUUUUUAACUACCAAAGUGUUCUAUUUACAUCUUUAGGAGUGGGGUUUUUUUAAUCUUUCUUAUCAACUCUUUAAAAAAUUUUUAAUUGACGUAUAGUUGAUUUACAAUGUCAUAUCAGUUUCAGGUGUACAGCACAGUGAUUCAUAUGUAUAUAGUUAUACAUAGUCUUCAGAAGUUUUGCCUCAGGAAAUCCAAGGGCUCCAGAAGGCUCCCAGGGUUGGGCAAGCACAUGUAGUGAGUCUGGAACAGAACCUUUAAGGGUCUGGAUUUGGAGAAGUCAUUGUUGGGGGAGCGCAGCCUCUUGGGCUGGUUUUUUCCGCUGUGAAAUGUCAGAGGAGCCUUGUUAGUCAUGGUUCUGCAGGGCCUGGCUUUAUGGGGGGGCUUGUAUGGUGGUCACCGAGUCUCCUGUGGGGGGUGUUUCACAGGAAGGGAAGUCUGGUGUUCCUUAAAAUGGCCUGAUAUGAAGGCCUCCCGCCUCCCGAAGCCUCCAGAGCUGCUCUGUGACUGCCUUGUCCUUCAAGUGCAGAAGCCAGUUAAACAUCAGGAAUGGAAGCCAAUGUGACCAUCCCAAUCUGGCAAAACAAGCCGCAUGGGGCUGCUCGAAGUGUAGUGAGAAGAAUCGGGACCAACCUGCCCCUGAAACCAUGUCCUCGGGCAUCCUUUGAGACCCUGCCCAACCUCUCUGACCUCUGUCUGAGGGAUGUGCCCCCAGUCCCUACUCUGGCUGACAUCGCCUGGAUUGCUGCAGAUGAAGAGGAGACUUAUGCCCGGGUCAGGAGUGAUACCCGCCCCCUGAGGCACACCUGGAAGCCCAGCCCUCUGAUGGUCAUACAGCGCAACGCCUCAGUGCCCAACCUGCGUGGGUCUGAGGAGAGGCUCCUGGCCUUGAAGAAGCCAGCCCUGCCAGCCCUAAGCCGCACCACAGAGCUGCAGGAUGAGCUGAGCCACCUGCGUAGCCAGAUUGCUAAAAUAGUGGCAGCUGAUGCAGCUUCGGCUUCAUUAACGCCAGAUUUCUUAUCUCCAGGAAGUUCAAAUGUCUCUUCUCCCUUACCUUGUUUUGGAUCCUCAUUCCACUCUACAACUUCCUUUGUCAUUAGUGACAUCACCGAGGAGACCGAGGUAGAGGUCCCUGAGCUUCCAUCAGUCCCCCUGCUUUGUUCUGCCAGCCCUGAAUGUUGCAAACCAGAAUACAAAGCUACCUGCAGUUCGUCUGAAGAGGAUGACUGCGUCUCUCUGUCCAAGGCCAGCAGCUUUGCAGAUAUGAUGGGUAUCCUAAAGGACUUUCACCGGAUGAAGCAGAGCCAAGACCUGAACCGGAGUUUACUGAAGGAGGAAGACCCUGCCAUCCUUAUUUCUGAGGUCCUUAGAAGGAAGUUUGCUCUGAAGGAGGAAGAUAUGAGUAGAAAAGGAAACUGAGAGCACUCAGCUCUGCAAACUCAGUCUCAUGCUCCUGGAAUUCCUUCAAUAGCUGCCUUCCUCACCACAGAUGUUUCUGCCUCUCAAUUACAAACCUUCCGCAACAGUCUUGCCGAAAGCUAGAGCUUGGACUAAGAGAAGAGCUGCGUUAUAUGUUUUCCAUACUUCAAACCUUAGCAGAAGCUGAGGCCUGUGUUGAGCUGAGACACAUUACAGGUAAUGUGUAGGUUGGAAUGUCCCAGUUUAAAGCGUGUGAUAGGUGGUUCUGUUUUUCCUUGCCCCUGUAUGAAAAUAGGUCCUAAAUGACUGACUUCACUGCAUUAGACCCCAUAAGGUCUCACCAAACACUUUGUACCCAGCUGUCACUCACUCAGCCACUUCCUUGCAGCAGAGCAGGGCUGAGGGGAGGGAAUUAUGUUUAUGUACUUGUUCACAGGGCAGGGAAAAUCUUAUGCUGCUCCAUCAUGAACUGACACCAAUGCCCAGCAAUCACUCUUUCCCCCUCUCGUGUCCAGCACCUACAUGUAGAGGUCGGGCCACUGACACUUGGGCUGCUGCUGGGAGGCCCGGGCUGUUUUUUUCUUAUAUUUUGUAAUACUGUACAACCAAAUCUACCCUCCAAGGCCCUGGGGUCUUAUUGGUUCCACUGAUUGAAAGCUCUUUCUCUUCCAUGGACUGUAGUUUAAGCCCAGCAGGAAAGAGAAAUGGGGAGGGGAAAGAGUACCAUCCUUCUUCCAGGCCCCUGACUGCUCCUUUGCAUUGGGCCAUGGUUUGUACCUACCACACCAUGCAUGAUUCAGAUGCCCUCAGGUCACUUUCUCUAAGGUAUGUAUCCUCUGUGUGUUUGGGUUGAAGCACCUGACAUUAAAGGAAGGAUUUGGAGAGAUGUUACAUUGGGUGUGUCCAUCUGAGAGUUGUGAUCACCAAGAAUCUCCCACAGGUACAGAAUUCCUAUUUUAAGGUGUAUGAACUUUUGUAAACAGGUUCCUGGCUGCCCCUUUCCUUAUAAGGUCUUGCCUUUAUAAGAGAAUGCUUCCCUAGGGAGCUGCUUGUCCCUUUCUGUAGAAAUUUUGCCCUAAGCUCUUAAAGCAGUUCCAUCUUAUAACUUGCAAGCCUGCCCCCUAGAGACUUAUUUUUAAGCCUCUUAGGUACCACACCUGCAAUAUGGGAAACUGCCACCUGGGGGAUGAUGUCUUGAGUAGACCACAAGUCAGAUUAUUGUGUUCAGAUUAGAUCCAUGGUAAUGACAGAGCAUUUACUAUUAAAGAGUUGCUUUUUCAAUAAUAAAAUUGGUAAUGUUUUAAAUACCAUCAGAGCCAGCUUUGUAAAUAGUCAUUUAUUUGGAUUCAUAGUUUUACAAAGGAGGUUCUCUCCCACCUUGUAGUAGAAGAAUGACAUAGUCACAUUUAGAUCGUUAUACAGGUCAGCCUUUUUUUAGGGAGAUGUUUAAAUAGAGAGUAUGUAACUUUAAAAUGCUGUUACCAAAAACUAACAAAACUAUCUAAUCAUAUUACCUCUCUCGCCAACAUCCCUGCCCCUGUAAACAUGGAUCUGGGAGAUUUGCCUUCAUCCAAAAAAGUGUCAAGAAUAAUGUUCACAAGCUUAGGUUGAGUUACCCAGCCAGAGGUGAAAAGAACACAUAUCCAUAAACAGCAGGUUCCCAGUCAGGCAUCUGAGAAGAGCAGAGAGGUAGCUCUGUGCAGGCUGAGCAGCAGGCUCUUCAGCAGAGGGAAUGUGUACCUGCCCUGACCCCUCAGUGCUCAUCAGGCUCAUGCAGGGAAUUUACCAGCCACCACCUCCUCAGGGGAGGCACGAUGCUAAUCAUACUGUCUCAACAAGCAGUACUACCUCUUUAUUUAUAAAGAAAAUGCUCAAUAACAGCGUCAUCCCAUGCCUCCCACCCACCCAAGGUCAUUCUCCUGAAUGACCUUUCUAAAACAAAGAUCUUAAAUUCCUCUAUUCAAACAUACUCCUCAGAAAGUACUUUGAGGGUUUGUUUGUUUGGCCUUGCCUGUGGUCUGUGACGUUCCCGGACCAAAGACCAAGCCCAGACCAUAGCAGUGACAACACCGGAUCCUUAUCCCACUACACAAGAGAACUCCCUCAAAAAAAAAAAAAA